AUGGAUCACCCCACGCUCUCCAGGCCGUGGGUCAAUGGAUGGCCUGAGUCUAGGAAAAAUGACCCUAGGAAUAACGUCAUCGGCGGAGGGCUUUCAUCGCAAAGGGACGUCCCGGGUUCAAGAGGAUCUGAUGCCGCUUCCCCCACGGCUGUCUCUGGCUCGGCACAACUCAACCACCAAUCUGAAGCAGAGGCACCUCAACUUUGGCCUCAAGACAGCGUUUGGUCUUCAAUGGAGAGUAUCGGCCAACGCCGCAAGGACUCGGGAACUGCCUCGCCAAGCCAGCAUCAGCAAUCACUUGGUCAGAAUGGGAAUGGCUAUAGUAGCCGCACAAAGACAGCUGCAAACUUCAGCACUUUUACCAACAGUCUGGACAAUGAUAUGAAUGGAUUGAGACAGUUUUCUUCUCCAUUUGGUCCUGCGCAUCAUGCUUUGGGAGCAGGCAGUCGGACACGCGGUUUGACGACGAGAUUCGGCAACAUGCCGGCGACUUCUGGUUCUACCAAACAGGAACAAAUACCGAACCCGUUGUAUAGCGGCUCUAGAGCCUCAAUCUCGGGUCCCUCAGUUUCGAAUCCGUUGGGUCCACACAGUAGGGGUGAGAGUCUAUUUAACGAACCAAUUUCAUCAGCAUUGGCACGCCUAGAAUUAGCUGAGAGCAGUGUCCCUGAUCGUACGGGCGAUGCACACCUCAACCCAGCGACCCAACCAUUUCAGCUCAAUCCGUCUUCCCAGACUUGGCACACUGAGCCGGAAUCCAAACUCCGAGCACCUGUCUCAGCAUACCAGUCUGACGAAAUCCAUUUUGAUUUGCCUCGUCAUUCGCUUUCGGGCAUCAGUCGGGGCUCAAUUGACAGAUCGUCUCCCAACAGCUCGAACUUCCCAGGCGGUACCCCUCAAUCCGCACUCUAUUUCAAUCAUCAAGAGGCUUAUUCGAGAAGUCGUGCAGAGUAUCUGUCGCAAGGCAGAGACUCUUGGUCGCAAAGCAGACCCAUCUCUCGGAAUCCACUAUUGGCGCGGGAUUCGAAUCGAUCUGCUUCGUUUUCACAGGCUGUUCCGAAUCCCUACUACUCGAACCCGGCAUUCUAUGGGAACACCUUCGCUCCGCAGUAUGCUGAAGCUGCCCCCCAGUCGGCAUAUGGCUGGGACCAAGUGCCUCAACUCAGGGGCCAACUUCCACUGCAUCAACUGAUGCCACAAAGCAUGCCGGUCGGACGACCUCAUCGCGGCCAAGAUCCGGGCAAAGGGGUGCGGAGUGUACUGCUGGAGGAAUUCCGGGCCAAUGCUCGCUCGCACAAGAAAUAUGAGCUGAAGGACAUUUAUGGCCAUGUCCUGGAAUUCAGCGGUGACCAGAUGGCCUCCCGUUGGAUUCAGGACAAACUCAUAAGCGCCAACAGUGAUGAGAAGGAUCAAGUCUUUAACGAGAUCAGAGACAAUGCCAUCCAGCUGUCAAAAGAUGUCUUUGGUAAUUACGUCAUUCAGAAGUUCUUCGAGCAUGGCAGCCAAAUCCAGAAGAAGAUCCUGGCAGAUGCGAUGAAGGGUAAGCUUGCGGAUCUGUCACUCCAAAUGUAUGGCUGCCGCGUUGUGCAAAAGGCACUCGAGCAUGUGCUCAACGCGCAAUUGGAGGGCAUGGUCGAAGAGUUGAAGCCCGAUAUUAUGCGUCUUUCCAUCAACGUCAACGGGAAUCAUGUCGUACAAAAAAUGAUCGAGGUGGUGCCCCAGAUGUGUGUUCCGUACAUGAUGGUAGAGUUCCAAGGCCAGGUCCACUCCUUGUGCACACAGAACUACGCAUGUCGCGUUGUCCAACGUCUUCUUGAGAUAGGAAACCCAGAGCAAAAGAGCCAGUUGUUGGGAGAGAUCCAUGCUUGCGGCGCUACUCUGAUUCCGGAUCACUUCGGAAACUAUGUAGCUCAGCACAUUCUUGAGCAUGGUGCCGAAGAAGAUCAGCGCCGAUUUGUCAGUCUCGCCACCGAGCGGUUGAUAGACUACUCGUGUCACAAGUUUGCUUCCAACGUGGUGGAGAAGUGCAUCGCGGUCGCAACGGUCGAAGAGCGGACCAUGAUUAUGAAGAAGCUCAUUACACCCGAAGCAAACUCUCGCCACCCCCUAGAUCGGGUCAUGGCCGACCAAUACGGCAAUUAUGUGAUGCAAAAAGUUGUCAAGGUCCUCGAUGGCCAAGAACGUGCCGAUCUUAUGAAUGAGAUGAAAUCACGUUUUGCGGCCUUGAAGAAGGGUUCGAGCAUCAACAGUCGCCAACUCAAUGCCAUGGAACGUCUAUUAUCGGGCAUGUCAGACUCGCCGUCACCAGAACUUGCAGGCAUCAGAGCCGGUUCGGCGCAAAGGCGAUCUCGAGGACGCAACAUGCAAAUUGAUAUCGACUCGACUAGUCCCACACCGGCCCUGACUUCGGAGAAUUGCAGCCCAAAGACCACGAGCUCGCCCAGCACAAAAUCAGGAGAUGACACGGUCCCAGAGCCCGAGAAGAUGUCAAUCGAGCCAACGCUCGGCUCCGAGCCCAAGGUUGUCUUGGAAGACGGGGCCGAGAACUAG